AUGCAGAUUUUCCUCACUGAGCAGCUUUGGAGACGGUGGAGAUGCCCAAAACAGAGAUUUGGAACGGAGCCCUUGUCAGAUCCACCUCAGUUAAACCAUGGGCUGCUGACUGUUCAAAACCUUCCCAACACAAUCCACCUAAAAACGGCUCAUGGACCCCAAGGUGGUCAUUACCUAAACAAGGCAGCGGUGCUGUCCGGACUCGGCGCUGCCCGAAUGAUCCAGCUUCUCCUGGGCUGCACCACGAUGGCCCUGGUGGCCCACAGCGCGGGAUUCAGCGCCACCUACGGCACCUUCUGCAUGUUCGUCUGGUGCUUCUGCUUCGCCGUCACACUGUUGGUCUUCACCCUGGACGUGACGAGGCUUCAUGGGUGCAUGCUUAUCUCCUGGGACAACUUCACCGUGGCCUUCGCCAUGCUCGCCACUCUCAUGUACAUCACAGCGUCGAUAGUGUAUCCCGUGUACUUUCUACGAUCCGAGUGCCCAUCCGAGGGAUGCGAGGUGAGGAACUACCGAAUCGCGGUCACCGUUUGCUCAAGCGUCUGUUGCUUCGCCUACGGAGCCGAGGUGUUUAUCACACGGGCCAAACCGGGGCAUGUGGUCGGAUACAUGGCCACCGUAUCCGGCUUGCUUAAAGUGGUCCAAGCCUUCAUAGCCUGCAUUAUCUUCGGCGCCCUGGCCAACGACAGCGAGUACAACCGGCACAUCCCGACCCAAUAUUGCGUGGUCGUCUACAGCCUGUGCUUCGCCGUGACCGUAGUCGUCGUUGCGCUCACCGUUUCUGGGAGGACGUCUUCGUUACGCUUCCCUUUCGACCGCUUCGUGGUCGUCUACACCUUCCUGGCGGUGCUUUUGUAUCUGAGCGCUGCCGUGAUCUGGCCGGUGUUCAGUUUCGAUAAGAAGUACGGAACCCCGGGGAGACCGGGAGACUGUCCGAGAGGGAAGUGCCCUUGGGACAGCAAGUUGGUGAUCGCCGUGUUCACCAGUGCCAAUCUGGUGCUGUACGUCACCGAUCUGGUGUACUCUCAAAGAAUACGGUUUGUCUCGCAUUCAUCAGCAUAAAGCCAUCCUUUCUCCAAUCCGGUGGAUUUAUGAAUACCGGCAAUUAGUUAAAUACAGACAUGCCAAUAAACA